UUGUCUAUUUGGUUAAUAAAAAGAAAGAAAGAAAGAAAGAAAGAAAGAGCAGUACCGCUGGUUUUUACUGCACAGCUGAUUCUGCAGCCUCUGUUUAGAGACAGAAGUCAUUGAUAUGCAGCGAAGGGAAUAAAACAGACUCAUGUCACGUGUUUCUCACCGCUGCAGUCUUCCUCUAUUUAUAGCAUCUCUUAAGUGCCUCACUUGAACCUGUAGAGCUGAUUCUUCAGGUGUAAGAACAGGUGACGUACACCUGAACACAGAGACUGAGCUUCACGAGCACAGAAAAGACUAUUACAGGCUGAGAAAGAUGUCACUGCUAACACUUUUCUUAUUUUCUGUGCAGCUCUAUGUUACAUGAACCUCCUCGUCUAUGAACCACACACACCAUUAGAAUCACUCCUGUGCUGAUAUGAAAAAUCAUCAGAUCACCAUUGAUCUCAUCUGAAGUCAUAAAGCCACACUAAAUGAUAGAUUUAUUUUCACAUGUUUGUGAUCCUGGAGCAUUCAUCAGAAGAAUAGACAACAUUUAUUUUAUGCCCGAAACAUUAGAAUAUUAAUUAAAGAUCACGUUUCACGAAGAUAGUCCAAUCAAUUGAUUUUUAUUAGUGAUGUGUGUUGCUAAGAAGGGGAUUUUUGCUCCCUCAGAGUCCAGAUUUUCUAAUAGUUAGAUAUUGUCUGAUCAGAAGAAAGCAUCGAUCAGUGGAGAGAUGAUUUAUUCAGCUUCAGGUGGUGUAUAAAUAUCAACCGACUCGAUUGAUUUAAGGUAAGACUUGGCGUGUAGGCUGACUGUCUGGACGGGUCAAGGAUGCGGGUCAUAAAUUCUGAGUGACUGAUCCUAACGCGCUCGUUUCCGAAGGCUCUCUUCACGUGUCAGAUCUCUCAGCGCGUCAGACGCGCGCUCCUCGGAGAUCAGCGGAAUUAUCGCGGCGCGCAGCGCGCAGGCGUGAUCCAGUCUGAGCCGCGCGAGCUGGAGGCCAGUCGCUCGUGCAGCGCGUCUCUUCCGUCCUCUCCCGCCGGACAUGCCCUCCGGACCCCGGCGACGCUCCGCGCCUCGGCCCGGCGCGUGAAUGGCCCUCCCGCCAUGGACGACACGCCGUUCCAGAAGGUCAAGACGCGGCGCAGGAGGAGCCACUGCCCGCCGGGGGUCAUCGCCUGCGAGGACGAGUUCGACUGCAAGGAGCUCGAGUCGCUCUUCCACAGCUACAGCCUGAAGCUGGAGCAGACGCGCACGCUGACGGCGCUGAUGGUGCUCGCGCUGCUGGCGUCCAGCCUCAGUCUGCUGGAGCUGCUGCUGUCCGGCGCCAGCCUCACCGUCGCCAAGGGCUCGUACCCGGUGCACUCGGUCGUCUUCGUCUCGCUCUUCAUCGUCACCAACGUCAAGUACCUGCGGGCGAGCCAGCUGCAGCAGAUCGCGCACCUGAGCCUGUUCUUCUGCUUCAGCUUCUCGCUGCUGUGCUGCCCGUUCUCCUCGGCUCCGGAGCACGGCGUGUGGCAGCUGCUGCUGCUGACGUUCGUGGCGUACGCGCUGCUGCCGGUGCGCACGCUGCUCGCGCUGCUGUUCGGUGUGCUGGUGUCCGUGGCGCACGCCAUCGUCACGGCGACGUCGGUGACGGCGAGGACGCAGCGGCUGUGGAGAGCGCUGGUGGCGAACACGCUGCUCUUCACCGGAGUCAAUCUGUCGGGUCUGUUCGUCCGGAUCCUGACGGAGAGAGCUCAGCGCAAAGCCUUCCUUCAGGCCCGGAACUGCCUCGAGGAGAAACUGCGCAUGGAGGACGAGAACGAGAAACAGGAGCGUCUACUGAUGAGUCUGCUGCCCAGAAACGUGGCCAUGGAGAUGAAGGAGGACUUCCUAAAACCUCCAGAGAGGAUCUUCCACAAGAUUUACAUCCAGCGGCACGACAACGUCAGUAUUCUGUUUGCUGAUAUCGUGGGCUUCACGUGUCUGGCGUCUCAGUGCACGGCUCAGGAACUCGUUAAACUCCUCAACGAACUCUUCGGCAAGUUUGACGAACUCGCCACGGAGAAUCACUGCCGGAGGAUCAAGAUCCUGGGCGACUGCUACUACUGUGUGUCCGGCCUGACCCAGCCCAAGACUGACCACGCCCACUGCUGCGUGGAGAUGGGUCUGGACAUGAUCGACACCAUCACGUCCGUGGCCGAAGCCACCGAGGUGGAUCUGAACAUGCGUGUGGGUCUGCACACGGGGAGGGUGCUCUGUGGCGUGUUGGGUCUCAGGAAGUGGCAGUAUGACGUGUGGUCCAACGACGUGACGCUCGCCAACGUGAUGGAGGCCGGAGGUCUGCCCGGGAAGGUGCACAUCACUCGCUCCACGCUGGAGUGUCUGAACGGAGAUUACGAGGUGGAGCCGGGGAACGGCCGCGAGAGACACUCCUUCCUGCUCAAACACGACAUCGAGACCUUCUUCAUAGUGCCAUCUCACCGCAGGAAGAUCUUUCCUGGUCUGAUCCUGUCAGACAUCAAACCUGCCAAAAAGAUGAAGUUUAAGACGGUGUGUUAUCUUCUGGUGCAGCUCAUGCACUGCCGCAAGAUGUUCAAGGCUGAGAUUCCCUUCUCCAACGUCAUGAACUGUGAGGACGGAGACAAGAGGAGGGUGCUGCGCUCGGCGCCGGAGAAGCUCAGGAACCGGACCUCGGCGGCGGCGAACACGACCCAGAGCAGCCCGGGGACACGGGUCAACCGCUACAUCAGCCGCCUGAUCGAGGCCCGGCAGACGGAGUCGGACACGGCUGACCUGCACUACCUGACCCUCCGCUACAGAGACUCGGAGCGAGAGAACAGGUAUCAUCAGCUGAAUGACGAGUACUUCACCGGCGCUGUGCUUCUGUCUCUCGUCCUCACGGCUCUGAUCGGCAUCCUCUACCUGCUCAUCAUACCACAGGGGACGGUCGUGCUGGUGUUGCUCGUCUUCUGCAUCUGUUUUCUGGUGGUGUGUAUCAUGUACCUUCACAUCACUAGAGUUCAGUGUUUUCCAGGGUGCCUGACCAUACAGAUCCGGACCGUCCUGUGUGUGUUCAUAGUGCUCUUAAUCUACGCCGUGGCCCAGGCCUGUGUGGUGGGCUGCAUGCCGUGGCUCUGGCCGUCUAACUCCACGCGCUCCAUCGUGAUCAUCGACGUGUCUGCGGGGCUGAACCGGACGAUGGCGGAGCUGCCGUGUGAAGGAGCUCAGUACGCCCUGCUCUGCUGCAUGCUGGGAACGCUGAGCGUGGCUCUGUUCCUGCGAGUGUCCUGGCUCUCCAAACUCCUGCUGCUGCUGCUGCUCCUGCUGCUCUACAUCAGUGUGCUGGAGCUCAGCGGGUUCAGACGCUCCUCGGGGACGGUGUUGUUGAGCGCUCGAGGUCUGGAGCCCAUCCUCUCUCUGCUGCUGUUCUUCACCGCUCUCGCCCUUCACUCCAGACAGAUGGAGCUCAAGCUGCGUCUGGACUUCCUCUGGGCCACUCAGGCGGAGGAGGAGAGAGACGGCAUGGAGAAAGUCAAAUUGGACAACAAGAGGAUUCUGUUUAACCUGCUGCCGGUUCACGUGGCUCAGCACUUUCUUCUGUCCAACCCCAGAAACAUGGAUCUGUAUUACCAGUCCUACGCUCAGGUCGGGGUUCUGUUUGCUUCCAUUCCUAACUUUAAUGACUUCUACAUCGAGCUGGACGGAAACAACAUGGGUGUGGAGUGUCUGCGGCUGCUCAACGAGAUCAUCGCCGACUUCGACGAGCUCAUGGACAAGGAGUGUUAUAAAGACAUUGAGAAGAUCAAGACCAUCGGCAGCACGUACAUGGCAGCGGUGGGUCUGGUGCCCACCAUCGGAACCAAGGCCAAGAAAUCCACAGCAGAGCACCUGAGCACGAUCGCAGACUUCGCCAUCGAGAUGUUUGACGUUCUGGAUGAGAUCAACUAUCAGUCAUAUAAUGAUUUCGUCUUGAGAGUGGGGAUUAAUGUGGGGCCGGUGGUGGCCGGGGUCAUCGGGGCCCGUCGGCCUCAGUAUGAUAUCUGGGGAAACACGGUGAACGUGGCCAGCCGCAUGGACAGCACCGGAGUGCCUGGGAAGAUUCAGGUGACGGAGGAGGUGAACCGCCUGCUUCAGAGCGACUACGAUCUGGUGUGCCGCGGCAACGUGAGCGUGAAGGGCAAAGGUCAGAUGCUGACGUACUUCCUGGAGGGUAAAGCGCAGGACCCGGGCAGCCGAGCGCCGCACCACACGGGCGGUCUGGAGCGCAGGGUCCACGCCAUCGCCCGCUCCAGCAGCGUGUCCGUGUCCUCGGGCCUGGCCGCCCGGCUCGGGGUCAGCGGCGCCGCUCAGGGCUCCAGGAGCUCCGCCGCUAACGUGCCUACGCUAGGAGAAGAGCUGGACAUGUAGGACCGCAUCCCUGCUCCCGUCUUCAUCGGGUCCUGUCCUGUGGAUUCUGUCUCGCUGCAGGAACACCCAGGUUAAAAAACGCUCUGUUAUGUACUUAAUGUACUAAAAAUCAUCCUUCAGCACUUCUUAAGACAGACUAACCCUGGUGUGAUCUCUUGGAUAUUUUUGUCGUUACAUUUUUGCUACCAAAAUUUUGGCUCAGGUGUGUAUUUUGAGUGAAAUUUCACUAUUUCACCCCCCUUUUCUGAGAGAGACAAACUCUCUGUACAUCAGAAAUACAGCACAUUAUAUAUAUAUAUAUAUAUACAAAAUAUUUUUCAAUAUUAUUCACAUAAAUUUUUUUCCCAUGGGUCUUCCUUAAAAUUAGAUGAAAUGAAAGUAGUUGAGUCUCAAACUUUUUUAUGACCGUUUUUGGACGCGGACCUGUAUAACUUUUUAAGUGUACUCGACUGUGGUAUUUUGGAAUAACAUGAACAUGAACUAAAAUGUUCUUUUAACAUACUCUCUCUGUAUUCGGUCUUUCUUUCGUACACUAGUCCGCUCAAGUGCUGACUAAAGACAUUUUUAGUGUCCCAAAUCAGUCGAGUACACUUAAGAAGUACUAAAGAAACACUUUUAGUAUAUUAAGUACAAAAGUAGUGUGCAAUAAUAGAGUACUUUAAGUACAUUAUGGAAGUGUGCUUUUUUUAACCUGGGCAGUCAGAGUCUUGAAUGAUCUUCUGCAAUGCGUCGUUUCUCAAUUUUUAUGCCAACUUAUAUGCGCUGUACAUAGUAGAUGUUCUUACGAUCAGAGUUUGUGUAUUUUUUGUACUCUCCAGUGCAUUUGGAUGAAUGUGACACCUUUCUAAUAUAUAGAGCAGCAAUAGAAGCAAGACACACUCUGCAUCAGUGAUUCUCACACACUCUCUCCAUGACACACUUACUGCAAUCAGAGCCUUACAUCAGAACAGAAAGAUUAUAUAUCACUCCUCCUCCUCCUCGUCAGUCUGAUGCUAGAAUCUACCUGAUGUUCAUGCUCAUACACACAGUAGAGUCCAGAACAUCUGACACUGCACUGAAAGCUUCACAUCCUCAUGAAUGAAUGCAUGUGUAGAAUCUAAUAGAGUAAGGUGUAGUUACUGGAGUGAAAAAACGAAUGUGAAAGUGUCUCGGUAACAGAAUGUUUACGGAUGCAUUUCGAUAAUAGGACGCCGUUUACCUCCGCUUUGAAACGUUAGCACAAAAGCAUUAUUUAUACAUCAUUCAUGUAUAAAUGUUUAAACGACACCACCAACUAUCCAAAAGAUCCAAAGAACAGCAUUCGCAUAAUGUUUGCAUCAUAAAUGGCAAUGUUAACUUAAUGUCUGCAUUUCAACAUUCAAGAACGUAACAAAUAAAUAAAUAGAUGGAAAAAAAUACUUUCAGUAUUCGUAGGACAUUCAGAAAUAAUGUUUUCUUAAUUUGUUUUCAUUU